AUGCCCCCUGAAAAGUCAGAUGAUGAUUCUGAGCUUCCAAGGGCCACUGUGGACAGCUUAAUACACGAUGUAACCCCCAAGGACUAUGGAGUGUCUAAGGAUGUUAGGGAGUUAUUGAAGGCUUCAGCUCGUUUGUUUUUGAGCCAUAUUGCAUUGGAGGCAAACAGGCUUUGCGAAUUGGAAAACAAAAAGACAAUCGGCACCAGCCACGUGUUUAAGUCGAUGGAGAAAUGCGGAUUUGGCGAUUUUGUUGAAGAGUGUGAUGUUGCAGCAAAGAACUAUGACGAGUAUUCCAGACACAAGCCUUCGCGGCAGAACAAGUUUAAGGACAGUGGAAAAUCGAUGGAAGAACUGCAGAAGAUGCAAAUGGAGCUGUUUAGACAAGCCGCAGAACAGCAAAAGAAAGAGUACGGAAUAGAGGACAACAGCGUAUCUGAAAGCAAUGAAAAAUAA